AUGGCAGCUCUCGCCAGCUCUCUCAUCAGACAGAAACGGGCGGUCAAGGACGACCAAGCCAACCGACCGGUAGCCAACAAGCGCAAGCCCUGUCCUAAGAGCAACAAGUCCUUGUGCCAGAAACAGAUCCUGGUCUUGAUCUCCAAAGUACGACUAUGUGGGGGUCGAAAAGGUCGAAACGAAAAAAGACCAGAUAUUCCAUUGGUUCCACCAACAGUAUCACAUGCGAACAAAAGAUGGAAGCCACAGCUGAAAGGCAUUGUUACCCGGCUGUACAGCCAGCAUGGUUAUUACCUGCAGAUGCAGCCCGACGGCACCAUGGACAGCACAAGGGAUGAAAGCAGUUCCUUUUCACAGUUCAACUUGAUUCCUGUGGGACUGCGGAUUGUGGCAAUCCAGGGGGCAAAAACAGGGUUGUACCUGGCCAUGAAUAGUGAUGGAUACCUCUAUACCUCUGAGCACUUCACUCCAGAGUGUAGGUUCAAGGAGAGUGUGUUUGAGAACUACUACGUUACAUACUCCUCCAUGCUCUAUCGCCAGACUCAGUCUGGCCGCUCCUGGUAUAUCGGUAUCAACCGUGAUGGCCAGGUCAUGAAGGGCAACCGGGUAAAGAAGACCAAAGGAGCCGCACACUUCCUGCCUAAAGUUAUAGAGGUUGCGAUGUAUAAGGAGCCAUCGCUACAUGAGCUCGCCAGUGAACCGGUGAGUCCUCCUCGGAAGACAGUGAAGACAUCAGAUUCGCCAUCCCUGCAGAAUGGACGGAAAGAAGCUCCCAAGGCUGAUGCCUCGUAG